GUAUAUAUAGUAUUCUUGCUCUGUCAGGGCUGACAUUGUUGCAUUUUGUUCACUAAAGUGUUUUCAGAACGAUAAUUCGAUAAAAUACAGAUAUAUUAUUGUUUUGUUAAAUUUCCCAUUGAUUUAUUUUGAAUAAUUUUAAAAACUAUAAAAAUUGUAUCAAAACAACUAAGAUUUCUUUUCAAUUGACGUCAAAUUAAUAUAUUUACUCUUAACUACUGUGGAAAUUUGUAAAUUAUUUUCAAACUAAUCUGGCUAAAUUGGCCAAUUCACACACAUGGGAAAAAACACACCGGCUAAUUUCACUUAUCAAUUAUACAUCAGGCGUUAAGCUCACAGUAGUAUUUUUUUUCUAACAAUUGUUUGCAGUUCUAGUUCUACAAAGAAUUUAACAAUCUACAAUAUGGCCAGCCAAGAGGAAUUUGAUAAAGCCGCUGAAAAUGUUAAGAACCUAAAUUCUACACCAUCCGAUAAUGAUUUAUUGGAAUUGUACAGUUUAUUUAAACAGGCAACAGUAGGAGAUUGCAAUACAGAUAAACCCGGUUUCUUGGACUUCAAGGGCAAAGCUAAGUGGGAAGCAUGGAACAAUCGCAAGGGUACAUCCCAGGAUGCAGCCAAAAUUGCUUAUGUGGAGAAGGUUAAGGCUUUAGUACAAGCUCAUGGGCUAAAAGCUUAAGAAUAUUAUAUAAUAAUAUACAUCUGAAAUUUUGAACCAAAAAAUAUGCUAUUGCAUAGCAUUUUGAUCAUUUUAGCAAUAUUGCAUUUGCUAUAAAUUGGUAUUUAAAUUUUGCAAAUAUUAUACACACUAAGAUAAAAGCCGUCUAUUUUCAAACGCACUUUAAUGCACAAUUUUUUAUAGGUUAUUAACAUGAAAGUAGAUUUAUAAAUAUUUGUAUUCUUUAGUAAAUUAUAAUAAAGGCAACGAACACAAAAUAA